CGUCCAGGUGAAGAAUGUGAUGAAGACGUCCCCUCAGACUCUGUCCAACCUCUGCCUGAAGAUCAACGUGAAGCUGGGGGGCAUCAACAACAUCCUGCUGCCUCACCAGAGACCGUCGGUGUUCCAGCAGCCAAUCAUCUUCCUCGGAGCAGACGUGACUCAUCCUCCAGCUGGAGACGGGAAGAAGCCUUCUCUGGCGGCGGUGGUGGGAAGCAUGGACGCCCACCCCAGCAGGUACUGCGCCACAGUCCGGGUCCAGAGACCCCGGCAGGAGGUCAUCCAGGACCUGGCCUCCAUGGUCCGAGAGCUCCUGAUCCAGUUCUACAAAUCGACCCGCUACAAACCCACCAGGAUCAUCUUCUACAGAGACGGCGUGUCGGAGGGCCAGUUCAGACAG